AUGCCAAUUAAUAAAGAAAUACAUAAAAAUGAAUCCAAAUUAUUAAACUACGGCAAAAGCAAUAGAUGGCUGUAUAUUUCACGCAUUCUUAAUCGAUCUGGUCCUUUUGUAGAUAUAAAGUUUAUACCAGGAAAACAAGUACAUAAUUUUUUAAAUACAUGUAAAGUACUUGUUAUUGGAGCAGGUGGACUUGGUUGUGAAAUUUUAAAGAAUCUGGCUCUUUCCGGCUUUAAAAAUAUCACAAUAAUUGAUAUGGAUACAAUAGAAUUAUCUAAUUUAAAUAGACAAUUUCUAUUUAAAUAUUCAGAUAUUGGAAAACCAAAAGCAAUAUGUGCAGCAAAGUAUAUUAUGAAACGUAUCAAAGGUGUUGAUAUAACUCCAUUUCAUUGUAAAAUUCAAGAUAAAGAUGAAUCAUUUUACAUGCAAUUUGAUAUUAUUAUUUCUGGAUUAGAUAGUAUAGAAGCACGAAGAUGGAUAAAUUCUACUCUUGUUAAUUUGGUAGAUCCAAAAUGCCCUAAAUCAUUAAAACCAUUUAUAGAUGGAGGAACUGAAGGACUUAGAGGACAAGUACGUGUCAUACUACCGACAAUUAGUUCUUGUUAUGAAUGUUCGCUUGAUAUGCAUAUAAAAAAUAAGACAUAUCCUAUCUGUACUAUUACUAAUACUCCACGUUUACCUGAACAUUGUAUUGAAUGGGCAUUAAUUAUUGAAUGGCCUAAAGUGUUUCCAGAUAAAACAAUUGAUAAUGACAAUUCGGACCAUAUCAAAUGGAUUUAUGAAACAGCCAAAAAUAGAGCUAACCAAUUUAAUAUUACAGGAAUAACACCUUUUUUUACUGAAAGUGUUGUAAAAAACAUUAUUCCAACUGUAGCAAGCUCAAAUGCCAUAAUAGCAGCGUCUUGUUGUAAUGAAGCAUUUAAAAUUGCAACAACAUGUAACCCAUAUAUUAACAAUUAUAUGAUGUAUACAGGAACAGACUCUGUUUAUAUAUAUACAUUUCAACUUCAAAAGAAGCCGGAUUGUCUAAUAUGUGGCUAUUUAGCUAUAGUAUAUGAAGUUGAUCCAAAGAUAACUUUAAAUGAAUUUAUUGAAAAACUUAUUGAAAGUCCAAAUACAAAUGUGAAAAGACCUUCAUUAAGGACAGGAUCAAAAAAUCUUUAUUUACAAACACCUCCACAAUUAGAAAAAGCUACAAGACCCAACUUAAAUAAAUCUUUAGAAGAAUUGAUCCAUAAUGAUGAAGAAAUUUUAAUAACUGACCCAAAUAUACCAUUUAACCUCAAUCUUAAAUUAAAAUAUAUCUAA